CCAAAAGAAACACCGCCCUAGCUAGCACCACACACCGCAGGUAUGGAGAAGGCGACGAGGCUGGCCUUGGCAGCGGCGUUGGUUCUGUGCCUGCUUCUGGCGACCGGGCCGCAGGAGGCCGCCGGCGCCGAGGGGAUGCUGUCGUAUGAUAAGUUGCUCAGCUGCAAGGUGCUGGGCAACUGCGACAAGAACAGGGGCCCCGGGGCCACCCGCCCGGGGAAGCCCGUAAACAAGUACACCCGCGGCUGCAGCCCGCUGACCCGGUGCCGCGGCGGCUGAUCAUGGGCCUGUUUGGUUCAGCUUUUUUCUGACCAGCUUUUCUGAAAAUCUGGUUGUGGGAAGAAUCUAGCUGUGGGGAGAAUCUGAGUAUCAUUACGAUUACGUGUGAGGAAGAUAAAGUUGUUCAUAGGGCUCAGGAUCUAGAAAGUAACGGAUUCCUACUAUUACAAUGAUUCAACAGAUUAUAUGUUUAUAUUGAUUUUGGA